GGCCCAUAUUCCAUCACCACCAUUACCGACCUUUCCAGACUCUCUCUCUCUCUCUGUCUCUCUCUCUCCACUUUCUCUUUCUAAAAACCCGAAAGGGCCAAACCAAACCAAACUCGCUUUAUUCCCUUAUAGUUUCUCUCUCCUCACCAUCAUCACCACCACCACAACAACAUCAAACCACAUGGCUCAGAAGAGAGAGAAAGAAGAGACCGAGCUCAAGGUCCCUGAAACCCUCAUACGCACCACCCCGAUCCCCUCACCUCCAAAACUCUCUAGCUCCGACGACUCAACUUCUUCCAACUCAUCCAGAUCAGAUCCGCCUCCAGACAAUAACAUGAUCCACAAAAACGACGACGAUUCGAGAUCGUGUUCGGUGAGAUCGCCUGAGAGAUCAACAGAUCUGACUUCUCCACCUCCUCCUCCUCAUCUUCGUCGUGCUCGGCUUCAGCAGCCGCUGGUGGUGGCGGCGGCGGCGACGGAGGUGAAGAGACGGGAGGUGAACCGGUGCUCCGGUUGUAAGAGAAAGGUCGGGCUGACCGGUUUCCGAUGUCGAUGCGGAGAUCUGUUCUGUUCGGAGCAUCGGUACUCGGAUCGCCAUGAUUGUAGCUUCGAUUACAAGGCUGCUGGAAGAGAAGCGAUUGCGCGAGAAAAUCCGGUGGUUAGGGCAGCCAAAAUUCUCAAGGUUUGAAGAAAUGAAAGAUUGAGAGAGGAAGAGAUCAAAGAUCGAAUUCUCAAUCCCAACCUAGAGAGAGAGAGAGAGAGAGAUGCGUCUGGUUCUGGUUGAUUUCUCAUAUUUUUCCAUAUGAUUAUUCGCUGUUGAUUAUUGUAUGGUUGGGGUGUCAGAGUCGGAAGAGGAGGAGGAGGGUAUGUUGAUGUAAAUUCGAUGGUGGAUGGAGGGUGUUAUUGUCAUUUUAAAAUUUGUCAUCGUGGUAGUGAAUUUUCAUGUCUAUUUUCACUUUAUAUUUUUAUGUAUUUAUUUUUAAUCU